AUGGCUGUCGAACGUGCUGAGCUGGAUCUGACGGUUGAGGAUGCGGCAACCAAAGUCAGCGAUGAUUCAAGAGACGCCGAGAUACCAGACGGACCUACCACCGAGACGCUGGAUGAGAAAUUCCAGACGUCUAAAUGGGAGAUCUGGGCAUAUUAUGCGUGUGUUGCCUCUCCUAUACCAUGA